AUGAGGAGCAUCGCCACGUGUUACAGCGAACACGCCACCAAAGUCUCCGACUCCUACUGCUCCGGCCCGGCGCCGAGCCGGACCAGCAUUUCCCAUCACCCGACCCGCCCGGCGCCGAGCUCCGUCACUUCCACUUACAAAAUAAUCAGAAACGCCUCCUCGCCGAUUUUCGUCACCGUCAGUUGGUCCGGCUGCGGCAGGGGAGGCAGGGGAUUCUCCGUCUCUGUAACGGACAAAAUCAAAUCUUCUGCUUGUCAUUCGACGGCGAAUUCUUUCCACCAAUUGAGGAAACCGAAAGGGAGCAACGAGUUCGAAGCCUGCGGUUCGAGAAUCGAGCUGCUCUGGAACCUCUCCCCUGCUUUCUACGAAACAGGGCCUGAACCGGUCAGCGGGUUCUACGUCGUCGUAUUGGUCGAUUCGGAGCCCGGUUUGUUCCUCGGGGACGUCGAGGAGAUCGAGGACGAGGAAGGCGAAAUUGGGUUCCCAAAAUUAGGAGUCAACGGGGAGAAGAUUCGACUGGCGGCGGAGCUCUCCCCUGUUUCCCGGAUCGAGAAAUUCGUCUCCGGCAGGUCGGGUCACGGUUCGUAUUCGACCCGGGCGCAGUUCUGCAGGGUGGGGGAAAUGCACGACGUGAUGAUCAAUUUCGGAUCCGGGGGUGAUCGGUCGGCGGCGGGGGUGUCGGUCUGGAUCGACGGCCGGCGGGUUUUUCAGGUGAGGAGGUUGAGGUGGAAUUUCCGCGGGAACCAGACGAUUUUCCUGGACGGGAUUGUGGUGGACGUGAUGUGGGAUUUGCACGACUGGUCUUUCAAGGAAACAGGGGAAGGAGAAAAAGAAGAAGACGGCGGCGGAAGAGGAGGAGGAGGAUAUACGGCGGCGGCGGCGGCGAGGGGUGCGGCGGUUUUUCUGUUCAGGACGAGAAGCGGAUUGGAUAGCAGGCUGUGGCUGGAUGAGAAGAUUCUUGAGCAGAAGAAGGAUCCUGAGAGAGCUGAAUUCUCCCUCUUGAUUUGUGCAUGUAAGAAGCCAGGUUGA